CUUCGCUAAGCGCUUGGGGAGUGAUUGAGUAAAUGACAGGUCAAUCCGAACUGUCCGCCUCUUUUCGUUCCGCUCUGAUCCUUUCCCCCCAGUGCCCCCCGGUUUUCGAGUUUCUUGCAGAUGUUCUGCACACAAAACUGGGUUGGAGUCAGCCUGCAGUGAAUCAGUGCCUGCAGGGCGAUUGGAAUGAGCAGUGGUCAGCUGGACAGAGAGUAGAAGGGAGGAACAGAAGACACUGGAAAAGAAAAAGAGGGAAAUGGAAUAGGCGGCGGCGCCAUCUGCGCCUGGUGAUCCCCGCCCAUUACUUACUGACUGCCACUACGGACGGAGUGGGUGUUGUGUUGACUUAUCCUCAGUUAACUGACUACUUUAGUAGUAACGUACUGAGUCCGCCGUACUUGGAUUAAGGCUGCAGGCUGAAGAUCUCCGGGGUUUCGUAUGGCUUGCCCUUGCAGCUGAUCCAUCCAUCGGUCUGGCAAGUGUUCCGACCAUCCAUUGACGCCCCCAGACACAAACCCCUGCGUGAAGGAAUGAAGUGAUGAAUUGAUGGGCCUCCCCCGGAUUCGACUCCCUUCCCUUCCCCAUUUCA